AGAUAAACCGCCGUGGAAAUGAAAGAGAUGAGCCCAGGCGAGCUGAGAUAAAUCGUCGUCGAAUUGAAAGAGAUGAGCCCCGGCGAGCUGAGAUAAAUUGUAAUCAAAAUGAAAGAAAUCAGGCUAAGCGAGAACUUAAUAGGUAUAAUAUGCAUUGCAUAGCAAGAAAUAAUAUUGCUAUAGAGAGUAACUACCUCGGAGAAUUAAACCAUAAUUGUCAGUAUUGCAGUGCAAAGAAGUUUUUAAAUUAAACUCAAUUUUUGUGCUGCCAUUCAGGAAAAGUUGUAUUAGCUCCUCUUUCUCUUUAUCCGCCAUUGUUGACUGGUUUAAUGACAGGAAACCAUGUUGAUCAUGCUGUAAAUCAAAAUUUUUUUAAACACAUAAGGAGUUAUAAUUCCUCUUUAUCUUUUGCUUCUUUCACUGCCGAAAUAGCUCCUCCCUCAAAUAAUGGCCCUUUCUGUUUUAGGGUCUGUAGGCAAAUUUUGCAUCGUGUUGGAAAUUUAAGGCCUGCAGAAGGUUGUCUUCCCAAAUAUUGUCAGCUGUAUAUCUAUGAUCCUAAUGCAGCAGUGUCAUUCAGAAUGGAACAACCUGGUAAUGAUGGUUGUAUACAUGAGUUAAUGCAACUCUUGCAAACAUUAAUUAAUCAAGAAAACCCAUUUGCUCUUGCAUUUAAAAACAUGGCAGAAGUAGAGGAUGAAGAAAUCCGCCAAGCAGCUUUAGAAGGUAGACCAACCUCUGUUGUAAGAAUGUCUUUGCUUGAAGGUCAUGUUUUUAUUGCAUUUUUAAUUUUCUUUUAUUUAUCUCUAGCUGCUGCUUCUUCUGUUACAACUGCUGCUUCUUCUGUUACAAGCUCAAAGUCAUGGGAAGAUUUCCGAAAGUAUCGCUCCCAGCAUCCAGGCUCUCUAUCUAUGAGGGCCUUCCAUCGCUGGUGUUUUUAUGGGGACGACCAUCCCUCCUUUAGAUGGAGGGAUGGCACCCCAUACAACAUGGGGAAUAGAGCGGAUGCUAGGAGGAGAAGACAACGUGGCUCAAAAGUUGUCAAUAAUUUUUUUACAUUUUAAAAUGUAAAGAAAUUGAC